AUGCUCCAGGAGAAAAGCUUGUCUGAGCCGGAGGAUGGGUUCGCAGCGCCACAACCGCCGGUCCGCGCCGAAACGACAACUGGGUCUCCGGUUCUUGGCGUCGCAGGAGUCAGCAGCACGCCUCUGAACAGCCCCCAGGUCCCAGAUCCGGAGCAGACCAUCGAGAACAUUAAAGUCUACCUGCACGAGAAAGAGCUAUGGAAGAAAUUUCAUGAAGCUGGCACAGAAAUGAUCAUCACCAAAGCUGGGAGGAGGAUGUUUCCAAGUUACAAAGUCAAAGUCACCGGGAUGAACCCCAAGACCAAAUACAUCCUUUUGAUCGACAUCGUCCCGGCCGAUGAUCAUCGGUACAAAUUCUGCGACAACAAAUGGAUGGUGGCAGGAAAGGCGGAACCUGCGAUGCCCGGCCGAUUGUAUGUCCAUCCGGAUUCACCGGCCACCGGUGCCCACUGGAUGCGCCAACUGGUGUCUUUCCAGAAACUGAAGCUCACAAACAACCACCUGGACCCCUUCGGACACAUCAUCCUGAAUUCGAUGCACAAAUACCAACCGAGGCUCCAUAUCGUGAAAGCGGACGAAAACAACGCGUUUGGCUCCAAGAACACAGCUUUCUGCACACAUGUCUUUCCCGAAACCUCCUUCAUAUCAGUGACAUCCUACCAGAAUCACAAAAUAACGCAGCUGAAGAUAGAGAACAACCCGUUUGCCAAGGGCUUCAGAGGAAGUGACGACAGCGACCUUCGCGUGGCAAGGCUACAGAGCAAAGAGUACCCCGUGAUCUCCAAAAGCAUCAUGAGGCAGCGGCUGGUUUCCAGCCAUGGGCAGCUCUCUGGGAAAUCUGACGUCGGCUCGCUCCACGGGAGCCACCAGGGCCUCCAGCACUACCAGUACGAGAACGGCGCUCACAUGCAGUUUGCUGCCUCUGACGGCCAGGACCUGCCUCUCAACACCUUCGCGGCGCAAAGGGAAUCGGGGCUCUUCUAUCACUGCCUGAAGCGGCGAGAAGGCGCCCGUCACUUGGACCUACCCUGCAAGCGCUCUUAUCUGGACGCCUCCUCCUCCGUCGGGGAGGAGCACUAUUUCCGGUCGCCGCCUCCCUACGACCAACAAAUGCUGAGCCCCUCCUACUGCGGUGAUGUGACGCCCCGGGAAGCGUGCAUGUACUCUAGCGCAGGCGCCGAAAUCACCGGCGUCUCUUCGGUAGAGGACUUGCCUCCUCCUCCCCCUCCUCCUCUGAGUUGCAAUAUGUGGACUUCGGUGGCACCUUACACCAGCUACAGCGUCCAGACAAUGGAGACUGUCCCGUACCAGCCCUUUCCGGCUCACUUCACCGCCACCACGAUGAUGCCGCGCCUUCCCACCAUCGCCAACCAAAGCUCCCAGCCGCCAAGUAGUAGCCCCUUCACAGUCUACAACCAGCUCUCGCAGUCUCAGGCCCGGGAGAGAGUCCCGCCGUCGUCCUUCCCGAGGGAAAGGGUGCACCCCUCCGUUUGCGAGCGGAAGCCCCCCUCGCCCCACUUGAGCACAGCCAACGAGUUUCUCUACUCGCAGACCUUCUCGCUGUCCAGGGAAUCCUCUUUGCAGUACCAUUCGGGAAUGGGGACUGUGGACAACUGGACCGAUGGAUGACUCUGCCGGCAUAGCAAGCGCCCAAGUCAAUGCGGCGGGACUCACUGCUCCAGGACAGCGCUAACUCUGUGUUAAUACCUGUGGGUAACUUGCACUUCUGUGACACCUACAGGAAACCUGCAUUUCUGGGUGUGUGUGUCUGUGUGUGUUUGUAUCCAAAGGGCUUGUUUGUCGUUCGACACACUGACCCGCUCGGUUGGGGAGGGCAGUGGGAGACCCCAGCGGUGUACAAAGCAACUCUUGGCUCCGUGGCCUGGAUCCAUCAGUCAGUCUUGGCCUCCAAAGGAAAUGCCACCUCAAUGAACUUAGGAAAUACCUAACAACCACAACAUCAACAAAUCCAGAGACUUCCACACAGACCAUUCACAGACAGGUCUGAGUUUCUUAGCACCUUUGUAGACUUUCUACUAAACAGGAGAGAGAGAGAAAGAUAAGGAAGGGACAGUGAAAUGUAUGGCUGCUCAGGUAGACAAACAGCGAGUAGUGGGCCAAACUGGUUCGUUUCCAGUGUGUUUCUUGGGGGGCACCCCUUAAUUCGUCUCCCAAAAGGAGCUGGGAUGGCACUACAUACUAUGCCUUGCGUUGAUAACACCGUCUCAGCACCUUCAGGGAGAAAAACAACCUUUCCUUCCUUCCAGACACUGUGGGAGAUAAGUCACACCUUCCAUUGCUAUUAAUGCAAAAUUACCCUUAAUAUUCAUAAGUUACUAAUAUUAAUAAAUUUAUUAAUCGUCAAACAGUGAAGAUAUUGAUGAGCGCGGUACGGAGAGACGGAGCUGAAUUACUGUAAGCCACAUGAACCAAAUGUUAAGAACAAAAAGCAGGGACCCCCAAUUCUUAAAAAAACGCAUAGGGGAGCACUGCAAAAUGGCCUAAGCGCAACUGCAGUCACCGAGAAUAUAGGACAUUCACAUGCAGAAAAAACACAGAAAAUUGUGUUUUCUGCCCAAAAUAACCACAGGGAAAUUUUGCGCAGAAUAAACUCCCAACUGCGAAGAUCUUUGUUAGUCCAAGAUUCUUCUAGUCAGGGUUUCUAAACAUAUGAAGACUAUGUUUUGGAACAUAGACUGUGAUAUAGGAUCCCAACCGUUACCAUUACUCUUCCUAUUAUUACUAUAACUUCAACCUUUCAUUCAUGGGACUUGAGUAUCCAUGGGGGAAUCUUGCAACCAAACCCCAUCGGAUACUAAGGGGAUUGACCAAAUCACAGCAAACUGAAACCUACGCUUUAGAAGGCCACAAAACUGCGGUUCCCCAAACUCUGGUCUUCCAGAAGCCUCAGCCGUCUUGGCCAAUGGUCGGGGAUUCUGGGAGCUGAAGUCCAAAACACCUGGAAGGGCAGAGUUUGGGGAAUCACUGCCUUAGGAAAACAACAAAUAGGAUAAAAACAGAAUGGAGCUAUGAUAACAGACUACAACUCAUGUUCUCAAAAGUGCACGCAUUUCCGCAGGAGACGCUUCCCAAAUUCCCUGUCAUCCUGACCGGUUCCCUCCGCAAAAUGGAGACGCUCCUCUGCAAGGAUGGGUUUCACUGAGUGAUGGGUCCAAGCCAAGCAGCAAGGGGACACAGAGGAAGGAUUCCCCCCUCCAAACAACAACAACAACCGCAACCACAACGCCAAAAUACCUCGAGGCCACUAAAGGGAAUGUUACGUUUUGCACCCAGGACAACCAUGCAGUCUUUAAAGCUAGGCUGUGUAUGUGCCGUCGGUGUGGGUCUUUAUAACCAGGACUGGGAAAUCACUACAAGUGUUGCAUGCUGAAUAGUUAUUUAUAUA